UGUAAGAACCAUCAAGUUAAAGAAAUGGGUCCAAUUCCUUCCUAUGGUGCAGGUUCCCACGUUCUUCUUUUCCCGUUCAUGUCCAAAGGUCACACCGUACCCCUUAUCCACUUGGCCCAAAUCCUCCUCCGUCGUUCCAUAUCGGUCACCGUCGUCACAACCCCUGCCAACCACUCAUUCAUGGCCGAAUCUCUAAACGGCACCGUCGCCUCCAUCGUCACGCUUCCAUUCCCCACCGCCACGAAUAUCCCCGCCGGAGUGGAGAGCACAGACAAGCUUCCCUCCAUGGGCUUGCCUCUGUUCUACGAGUUCAGCACCGCCACGUCAGCCAUGCAGCCCCACUUCGAGCAACUCCUCGAAACCCUAGUUCCACGUGUCAGCUUCAUGGUCACCGACGGCUUCCUCUGGUGGACCCUUCACUCGGCCAAGAAGUUCAGAAUCCCCAGGCUGGUCUACUUCGGCAUGAGCUGUUACAGCACUAGCCUUUGCAUGGAGGCCAGGAGUUCGAAAAUUUUGAGUGGGCCCCAGCCCGAUCACGAGUUAGUCGAGUUGACUCGGUUCCCAUGGAUCAGACUCUGCAAGGUAGACUUUGACUUCGAAUAUAGAAACCCCGACCCCAAUACUCCUGGAUUUGUUUUCAACAUGAAAAUCAUUGAAUCCACACGCGAAAGUUAUGGUAUUUUGGUCAAUAGCUUCUAUGAACUUGAGCCUACCUUUGUUGAUUAUGUGAGCAAAGAAUGUUCUCCCAAAAGCUGGUGCGUUGGCCCUUUAUGUUUGGCUGAAUGGACAAGAAAAGUGUAUGAAGGAGGUGAUGAGAAAGAGAAACCAAGGUGGGUGACGUGGCUGGAUCAGAGGCUUGAAGAGAAAAGUUCUGUAUUGUAUGCGGCGUUUGGGUCACAAGCAGAGAUUUCAAGGGAGCAACUGGAGGAGAUAGCGAAGGGGUUGGAGGAAUCGAAGGUGAGUUUCUUGUGGGUGAUAAGGAAGGAGGAGUGGGGGCUACCAGAUGGGUAUGAAGAAAGAGUGAAAGACAGAGGGAUAGUGAUAAGAGAGUGGGUGGAUCAGAGAGAGAUACUGAUGCAUGAGAGUGUGGAAGGGUUCCUGAGCCACUGUGGGUGGAACUCGGUGAUGGAGAGUGUCACAGCAGGGGUUCCGAUAGUGGGGUGGCCAAUAAUGGCGGAGCAGUUUCUGAAUGCGAGAAUGGUGGAGGAGGAGGUGAAGGUGGGGUUGAGGGUGGAAACGUGUGAUGGGUCGGUGAGAGGGUUUGUGAAAAGGGAAGGGUUGAAGAAGACGGUGAAGGAGGUGAUGGAAGGAGUCAAGGGGAAAAAACUGAGAGAGAAAGUGAGGGAGUUGGCAGAGAUGGCCAAAUUGGCUACGCAAGAGGGUGGCUCAUCCUGCUCCACGUUAAACUCCCUCCUUCACCAGACAUGUGCUGCUUCUCACAAAAACCAAAUUUCUUAAGUGUGAUGAUGACUCAAGAAUUUCGAUCCACUACUAUUAUUGCGUGUAAUAAUGUAUUUUUUUAAUUAUAUAAUAUUACGUGAUUUAUUUUAUUAUAUUAAA